AUGACUGCCAAAGCUGCUGAUCAAACAGAAAUCAUGGCAGAGCUGCUAGAUCAGUCUGAGAACAAUCUGCUUGAAUGCAAAGUGUGCUUUGAAAAAUACAGCCUGGAGAAAAAACAUCGACCGAAGAACUUACCAUGCGGGCAUGUGAUGUGCCUGGAGUGUGUCAUGUCUCUGGCCCACCCUCGGAAUUUCAGGCUGGAGUGCCCUUUCUGUCGCAGGGCUUGCAAGUCUUCAGAGACCAGCGACUGCUUGCCGUUGUUGCACCUGAUGGAAAUCCUGAGUCCUUCAGCCAAUCAAACUCCAGUUGCAGGAAGGACGGUGGGGAGAAGGGAGGCUGUGGCUGCCCCUGGAUCUCAAGUCUUCACGUUUCAUCUUUCUUUCGGAGGCUGGGGAACGCUGAUCAACCCCACGGGGCUGGCCGUGUGUCAGAGCUCGAGCUGUUUAGCGGUAGCCCAUGAUGGCAAGAAAAGAAUUAAGCUGUUUAGCUUCAGUGGCAGCUGCCUACAGCAGUUUGGAGAAAAGGGGCAAUCGGGAAAUGACCUCAGGUACCCAACUGACGUCGCGGUCACUUUGGAUGGUCACGUUGUGGUCGCCGAUAGCGGGGACCGUUCGGUCAAAGUGUUCGAUUGUGAUGGCAGGAGCAAGAUGGUCAUCGCAGAGUCCUUUUCCUUGCCGUGGGGCCUGGACACGAUGCCACAAAAUGACAUCCUCAUGACCGAUUCGGAGGCAGGUGCUCUGUACCGCUUGUCGGCUGACUUUAAAAAGGGAGAAUUAAAGGGGGUGAAAAAGCUGUACUCUAACCUGUGUCACCCAAGGAAAGUGGCUGUUUCGCCUGUCUCUGGAGCCAUCGCAGUCAUCGAACAUUUGAUGGACAAAGGGCCCUGCUACGGCAAUACCAGGCUGAAAAUCUUCAACAGAGACAUGCAGCUAAUCAGCCAGGUGGACAGUUUUGGCCUGAAUCUUGUCUUCCCUUCCAAAGUCCAUGCCAGUGCUGUGACCUUUAGCAGGGAAGGGCAAGUAAUAGUAACUGAUGCUUAUAACCAAGCCGUAUUCUCUCUUGGAAAACCUGAAGAAUUCCCUAUGUGUAAACCUUUGAUAACUCAGGGUCUUUCCUACCCUUUAGCAUUAACUUUCAUAUCAGACCAUUCUCUAGUUGUUUUGGAUGGUGGCGAUCAUUCUUUAAAAAUAUAUACUCUCAGCUAAACAGUGGUCUGGGUGGGAUCUCAGCUCACAAUUUCAAGGAAGAUUAUUCAAAAUGCUUAAUUCUCCAGCUGGUGGGUUUGAGUGUUCUCUGGUUUAGCUGUAGUGGAUUUUAGUUCAAACAGGUUGAAACAAACUUAACUCUACAGUUUUAUAUCUCCCUCCCUGAAUGGAAGUCAUGUUAACUUAUUUCUGAGUAGAAGUGCACUGCCAAAUGACCAUCCCUAGUAGAAUUACUGUAGUAAAAUAUAUGAAGCCAGAUGUGACCUACUUUGAAACUGUAUGUAUUCGGUUCUGGGUAGGAUGAGUUUCUCUUGGGUUAUAGAUGAUAGAAAGCCAGUCUAUUUGAUCUCUUUACACCAGAAAC